GAAAGAGCUAUGCAAAUAGAUGCGACACCCUGAAAUGCUCUACGUAAGUGCGGUGCAAGGGGGAGAGGGAUGUCAAAUUGUUGUGGUCGGUGCUUGUAAGGCGUUUUACGAUGUCGAGUAUGAAUGACUAGUUCCGUUGCAAAAUUAUAUAUGUGUAGUAUGAUGCAAAGGUUUGUUUUGGUUGUCGCGAUCGCUGUUUCAUCAAACAAUCAUGUCUUUAGCUUAUUGAUGUGAGGGCUAUGUAACUCAAUGCAUUUUAGUCGACUCGGAACACUCCGCAUAUUUACUGCGGUGAGGAGAUUUCAAAACCGUUUUACGUGGAUACUUUACACCUGUUUGCUAGCCUACUGUUGCGGCAUAGGUGCACUAAGUAUGGUCAACACUAACAAUAAAACGGAUAUAUUCAACUAUAAAAUGCGGGGGAGUCUCUCAUGACAAGCGAAUAGAAGCUUAGUAAACAUUAUUAGUACCUGAACCCUCACGAGAUGGCGCUGUUCAACAAUUCCUUCUCCAGAACCUACCAUCACUUAUUCGUUGAAUUAGCAGAUCCGAGAACAAACGACUGGUUCCUGAUAAAGAGCCCGGUCCCCGGACUGACGAUCAUCGGCCUGUACCUGUACUUCUCAUUGAAAUGGGGACCACGGUACAUGACUGACAAGAAACCAUUCCAACUACAGAAGACAUUAAUUAUUUAUAAUUUCAUACAAGUCGUCGUAAGCUGCUGGUUGUUCCAUGAGGGCCUCGCCGCUGGCUGGUUGAGGACUUACAGUUGGAAAUGUCAACCUGUUGACUUCUCAAAAACGCCAGAAGCUAUGAGAGUAGCACGAGGCGUCUACAUAUACUUCCUGGCGAAAAUAUCUGAACUACUCGACACGGUGUUCUUCGUGAUCAGGAAAAAGGAUAGGCAGAUAACCUUCCUACACAUGUACCACCAUACAGUGAUGCCCAUGAUAUCAUGGGGCGCUACCAAGUAUUACCCCGGGGGGCACGGGACCCUGAUCGGAGUGAUAAACUCCUUCGUCCACAUCAUCAUGUACACGUACUACAUGUUCUCAGCUCUUGGACCCCAGUACCAGAAGUAUCUGUUCUGGAAGAAGUACAUCACUACACUUCAAAUGCUCCAGUUCUGCAUCGCCUUCCUCCAUUCCUCUCAACUUCUGUUCUACGACUGCGGAUACCCUCGCUGGUCCGUCGUCUUCACUCUUCCUAACUCAAUCUUCUUCUACUACCUCUUCUACGACUUUUACUACAAGGCCUACGGCAAACCUGAAAAGAAGGGAGCGAAGGAAAAGACAACUGAAGUAAAAGAACUGAGCAAUGGUUACGCAAAUGGAAAGGUUAAAUCCAAUGGAGUUUCUAAUGGAGUUUCCAACGGAGUUUCCAAUGGAGUUUCCAACGGAAUAUCUAACGGCAAUGGCAUAAAGGUUGAUUAAGCAAAACUGAUCAAAUCUUGUAAAUAUUUUCGUUAUAUAAGAUCCAAUACCAAUUUUAGUUUAAGCUAAUUUUGAAUAUUGAUUAAUUGUAAAAAUCAAUGCUGAACAAAUUUUGCUUUAUUUCCUUAGCUUUACUGAAUGUCUGAAUCUCAUCUGUGGGAUUUUCUUUUCUAAUUUUGAAACUUCUGUUGGAUUUUUGUUUCUCCUAAUGUUAAUGCCUUCUUUUAGAGUAAAAAAUGUUACGGUGUAUAUAAUAUAGAUUGUUAUACCAUGUAUUUAAGGAAUAACUGUUUAAAGUUAAGAAAAUAUGCCUGAGUGUAUUGCCAUGAAGUCGGAAAUGCUGUGCUUUCAAAAUAUUUUUUGUACGCAUCGUUUGUCUCAAAAUUAUAUGGCACAAAAAUCUUUGCCUCCAGAGGUUAAAACUUCAUUUGAUUUCAAGAGCUAUAUAAGAAAAAUAUUUUUUCAACAUCUACAAUCGGAGAGCAAAGAAAAAAAAAUACUGUCAAUUUAACAACUGUCGAAAUCGUGAUAAAUAUAUAAAUUGUCUUCCAUUUUAUUGAUAUUUCUUCCAUGUAUAAUCUUGAUUGCAGGUUAGCUGUCAUUUAAUUGAUCAUAUUCGAGUUUCAUUCGAACUAUAUUAUUUAACUUAGGUAAGCCUCUUGACAAGACUCAUUCCUACAAACGUCACUGAUGGAAUCGAUCAAUCAUUUGAAAGUGUCGAGUCAUUGAAAAUCAUCGGUAACGCUUGCAGAAAUGAAACUUGUGUCGGGGAAAGUGUAGAUACUUAAAAGGCGAACAAUAUUAUUUAAGGUUGCGCCCCAAGAUUGUUGGAAAAGUUAUAUAUAGAUACCCGUUUUUGAAAUUUGCUAGAAAUUACGUUUUCUUUUGUCAGAAACAACAAAGGUUCAAAAUGUUCAAGAAAUUUCGUUGUUUAUGCAGAUUUGGAAAGUAAUAGAAUUUGUCACACAUUUGACUAUCGCUAAAGCUAUUUCUAGUUACCAAUAUAACAUGUUAAACGAAUUUAAAAUAAGACUACUUACUUAAUAUUUUAUACAAUUAGCGAAUGAAUUAGCAAUUUAGAUUUCUUUACGCUUCAUACCAAAAUGUGACUAUGAAUAUUCUAAUGCACACAUAUUUGCUUGUAAUGAUGACGUCAAUCAUCAAAUUCCAAAAUUCAGAGGUACUUGUAUUAUGUCAGACUUCAACGGUUUGAAAACAGACUGUUUUGAAUUAGGAACAAAUUCAGAUACACCGUGGAGUUACAGCUGAGUGUGCAUUCUCUUCAACAAGUGCUUCUAUUCAAGCAUCUUUUUUAACUGUAGUUGCACGUUAUACACUAAAUAAUUGUACAUUUGCGUAAUCGGGUUUGUAAUGUUUAAAAAUAUAUGUGACUACAAUAUU